AUGAGUCAAUGUAGAACCCGAGACAAAGAAUUGCCAAAAUAUCCAAGAAAACAUCGAGUCGAUGCGGUAGAGAACAACGGUAAACAAGAGAGGGACGCUGAACCAAGUAGUGAGUCUAGUGACGAACAUGAAUUCUAUGUUUAUUCGACGGAAACGACCGCUGACAAGUCAGAUCCAUGGAUACUUCCAUUGGAAGUAAACAACAGUAUAGUUACUUUUAAAGUAGACACUGGCUCGGAUGUCAAUGUAAUGAGUUAUAACGAGUUUAAGACACUUCAGAACAGACCGAAGUUGAAACAAUCGAAGACUAAACUGAAAGCAUACAACGGGGGAGAUGUUCAAGUGCAAGGUCAGUGUAUUUUAUCCUUAAAGUUGAAAGAGAAAUCUGUGAAAGCGCUGUUUUUAAUCAGCCCUGAUGAUGUUAAACCUAUUUUGGGAAGGGAACUUUCUGAAAAGUUAAAUCUUGUGAAAAGAACAUUUUCUAUUGAGCAGUCGAACAGUUCGAAUAAUUUAACGGGCAGCAGGUAUAACAAUGCAAAACUAAGUGAGAAAUAUUCUGACUGUUUCGAAGGACUAGGCUGUUUACCUCAUACUGUAAAAAUCGAGUUAAGAGAUGAUGCAACACCAGUUGUUGAGCCUUGUCGCAAAAUACCCUUCGCGCAGUAUGAUAAGCUCAAAGACGAACUACAACGAAUGGAAGCUAUGGGCGUGAUUGAAAAGAUCGAAGAACCGACUGAGUGGGUUAACUCAUUUGUGCCAGUUACUAAGCCAAAUGGAAACUUACGUGUUUGCUUAGACCCAAGAAACUUGAACAAAUCAACAAAACGUGAACAUUUCAAGUUACCUACACGAGACGAAGUUACAGCUCAAUUUGCAAAUGCCAAG